AUGGAGCAAGCAUAUGAGUCAUUGCUUGAAUUGACGGAGUCUCCUACGUUUGAUAUCUUCCAAUGUUUGUAUCAGCUAAAGAUCCACAUAGACAACAUUGGAGUCCAUCAUUACCUCGUCAAGAAGCUCUACAAUUUCAGCUACUUGGAAGUUGAAUUCCAUAUACCACAGCUUAUUCAAUUAUUGGUGAGUUUUGAAACGGAAUCGAUGGCAUUAAAUGACUUUUUGUUGGAUUAUAGUAGGAAAUAUCCUCAUUUUUGUUUGAUAACGUUUUGGAAUUUACAAGCGUAUGUGUUUGAGUUGAAGAAUGAUCCGGAAUCUUACUCGUUUCAUAUUGUGAGAAGUUUUAUUAAUGAGCUUCAGAACGUGAUGUUCAACCAGGAGGCUUUGCAUGAUUCACCAGCGGCACAGAAGAAACAUAGUGAGUUCAGAGAAAACUUGCAACCGACCAUCGCGAUGUGUGGUGCUGUUUUGGCUUCAAUUGCUGUUCCGCAGAUCAAUACUUAUUCCAGGCCUAUUAUUGAAUCGCAGGGAAGACAGCAGAAAUCACUUUUAUUUAAAUUGGCUAAUUUCCACAAGUCAUUGACCAAAAAUUUGACCCUCAAAAAUAGAGGAAGGGCAACGUCGAAUAGUGAAAAUGUCAAGACCGAUAAUGUACACCGCUCGUUGUCGAAUCCAGGUACUACUAAGACACAUGAUGAAUCGGUGAAAGGGGGUUUAGAUGAUAUCUCUAAGACCCCACAUAAGGUUCCAACUUCGGCCACCUUGUCCAGUUUGGAUACUUUGGAAGAUAGGCAUUAUAACAGUGACUAUUCGCUCGAAAGAGAUAUAAAGAUAAAUACGAGAAUUAUAUCCAAAAAAUCCUUCAUUAAGAGAGCAAAAGAGCUUGAACAACUUGGGUUGGAAUCGGAGUCACUUGUCGAUGUUAAUGCGGAUAUAUACACAAGACCACCUUUGAAAGAAAACAAAAUAGCAUUCCACUCAAUGCCUGAUUUGAGAUCAAAUAAUAGAGAAGGGUCACUCGAUGAAAUGCCCAUUACACCUGUCAUAUCUGACUCAUCGUCGACAUCACUUGCUUCAUUAGAUUUACAAGACCACAAAUAUGUGAAUAAUCAUAGAAUUCUUCCAAUGCAUCAAGACCAGAAGAUUAAGUAUUUACAGGUAAAUUAUUUUAAGAAGGAAACUGAGUUCAUGAUGGGUUUGCAAAAUAUAUCGAUGAGAUUGUCUCAAGUACCUAAAGAAGCACGUUUGACGUCCUUAAGAGCCGAGCUUUCAAUCAUUAAUAACACUAUAUUUCCAUCGGAAAUUGACAUUCCUCAGUUGUUACCAAUUAGUAGUAAACAAAAUAAAAAGUUUCACAGAAUAAUUAAACUUAAUGUGAAUGAAGCAUGUGUCUUGAACUCAGCCGAGAGAGUCCCAUUCUUGUUAUUAAUCGAAUAUUUGAGCGAAGAAAUGGAUUUUGAUCCGUUGAGUGAGCACAAUAAAAACAUUAUCCUUAGCAAAUCCACCCAUGAUUCUGUUUAUGCUAGUGGCAGACGCAGCAAAACAUCCACGACUGAUUUUGCUCGAUCAAGUAUUGAUUCUCCUCGUCAAAAUGAAAGUACUGAAGCAAACACAAGCUUUGACGAGGCUGAUUUAGGUGAUAUGUCUGUCGUAGCUCUUUCGAACGAGAAGAGUUUCAUUACCAAUCAUUUGAAUUCAAGACAGGCAAACGACAUGAGCACACAUAGAGUAGAUAUAUCGCUGCCUGCACCACAAAAGCCAAACCCAGAGAGAAGACAAACACCUGACUUAAUUUCACCUAGCUCACCAGGAACUCCUACUUUGGACACGAAGGACUUAUCUACUCAAAUGAGAAUAGCUGCAGUCAUGUUACAGCAACUUGAAAAAUCAGGCCAGACAAAUACUGAGCAAACUGCCGCUAUUAGAGCACGUAUUAUUGAUUCUAUGAAAGCAUUGCAAGAUAAAUUUGAGAACAUUGACUAUAAGCAGAUUCAAGCUAUGCAAAGUGUUCAUGUAGGAAAAAAUUCAACUGAUGCAGGUGAAAGGAAGCUAGAAAAUGAUUUCAAAUUAAGUGAAGAUUGGGCGACUAAGAAGAAUCGUAUAAGACAAGCUAGUGCCUAUGGGCAUUUAAAGAACUGGGAUCUUUGUUCGGUGAUUGCAAAAAAUGGUGAUGAUUUGCCACAGGAAGCUUUUGCUUGCCAAUUAAUAUCAAUGAUUUCAAGCAUUUGGAAAACAAACAAUGUCGGUGUAUGGACAAAAAACAUGAAAAUCAUAGUUACAAGUGCGAAUACUGGUCUUGUAGAGACAAUUAAUAAUGCCAUGUCGAUUCAUUCGAUCAAGAAAACUUUAACAGACUUAACAUUGAAAAGUGGUGAAAAUCCGAAAGGUAAAGUUGCUUCACUCAAGGAUUAUUUUAAUAAGGUUUAUGGAGAAGAAGAUUCAUACAAAUAUAAAAAGGCCCAAAGUAAUUUUGCUAGAAGUUUGGCUGCUUACUCAAUCAUUUGUUACCUUCUCCAAAUAAAGGAUAGACAUAAUGGUAACAUUAUGUUGGACAAUGAAGGUCAUAUUAUUCAUAUUGAUUUUGGAUUCUUAUUAUCAAAUUCACCGGGCAGUGUUGGCUUUGAAGCUGCACCUUUUAAGUUGAUAUUUGAAUACGUUGAAGUAUUAGGAGGCUUGGAUGGCGCUCAAUAUCUUAAAUUUAAGGAAUUAUGUAAAGAAUCAUUUAAGGCUUUAAGAAAGAAUUGUGAUCACUUAAUCAAUAUUGUUGAUCUAAUGCAAAAGGAUUCUAGUUUGCCAUGUUUCAAAAAUGGUUCUCAAACCAGUGUUUUGUUGAAGCAAAGAUUGCAAUUGGAUUUAACUGACGAAGAAUGUGAUGCAUUUGUGGAAACGGGCUUAAUUGGUAAAAGUAUUGGAAGUGUAUAUACAAGGUUAUAUGAUCAGUUCCAAUUACUUACACAAGGUAUUUAUAGUUAA